AUCAGUCUGCAGCCAGCCACUGCGCGGUGAGGAUUGCAGUGCCAGUGCAGUUCACUUAGUGUUGUUGUUGUGCCGUGGAUGCACAUCGUGCGCGUGUUGUGUGUGUGUUGUUGUUGUUGAUUCGCGCGCUACCAUGUCGACGGCCAGCUUGACCAUGCAGCAGCACCAGUACGGCUACCACCAGAUGCCGCACCACCAGGCCAUGGACUUUAUGAUGCACCACCACAUGUCGCCCAUGUCGAGCAGCGUCAGCCCGGACUCCAUGGUGGACGUGAAGCCCAUGCUGUCGCCGCCGCAGCCGUCCUCGCCGGAGAUGUCUCCGCCGCCCAUGCCGAUGUCCCGCCAGAUGUCCCCCGCCGCGCAGAUGCCCCGGCAGGUGUCCCCGCAGCCGCAGAUGAGCCUGAGCCCCAGCCAGCCGUCCCCGCAGGGCGGCUCCCCCGGCGCGGCCGCCACGCCCGGCACCCCCGGCUCCGAGCACAUCAAGCGGCCCAUGAACGCCUUCAUGGUGUGGUCGCGCAUCCAGCGCCGCAAGAUCGCCCUCGAGCACCCCAAGAUGCACAACUCGGAGAUCUCCAAGCGGCUGGGCGCCGAGUGGAAGUUGCUGUCCGAGACCGAGAAGAGGCCCUUCAUCGACGAGGCCAAGCGGCUGCGCACCGUGCACAUGAAGGAGCACCCCGACUACAAGUACCGGCCGCGCCGCAAGCCGAAGACCGCCUCGCAGCACCAGCUGGCCGGGCAGGCGCUGGGCCAGGCCCUGGGCAAGGGCAUGCCCCCGGGCAUGACUGCCGGCGCGGGCGGCGGCUUCCCCAGCUUCCCGCUGCCGCCGUACUUCGCGUCCUCGCCGGCCGCCGCGCACCCGCACCACCCGCUGGACAUGGGGCUCACCGGCAUCCCGCCCUACUUCGGCUCGGCCUUCGACCCCAUGCACUUCUCGAAGCUGAUGCAGCAGCAGCAGCACCAGCAGCACCAGCAGCAGCCCGCCGCCACGGCCGCGGGCAGGGAGAGUCCCCAAGGCGCCGCCGCCGCCGUCAGCUCCCUGUACUCGUCGCUGUACCACCACAACCCCAGCGUCACCACCACCAUGGCCUCCACCAUGGCCUCCACCAUGGCGUCCUCCAUGGCCUCGUCCAUGGCCUCGUCCAUGGCCUCCAUGGGGCAGCCCAAGUCGCUGUCCGCGCUGUUCCCGCCGCACCUGUCCAUGUUCGGGCACGGCCACGUCGGCCAUGUCGGCCACGGCCAGCACAGCCCCGGCUCCAGCCCCGGCGAAGGCAGCCCCCUCGGCUUCCCUUCCGGCGCGCACCUCGACCUCGACCAGCUGCGGAGACCAGUGCCCGUGCACUACUAAGUGCCAGUGAGAGUGAUAGUGACUGUGAUGUUGGUGUGAGUGUUGUGAUCUCAGCAGCAGCGUUGUGGCCAAAGACUGCCAGUCUCCUGUAUUGCCGGUCAUAUUGUUGAUGUACAAAUUAGAUUUUUUUCCUUUUGUUAGUGUUGUAGGUGAAAAUGUUAUCAGUACAGAGUUGUGCCAUGGUGAAAGUGCCUGACGGAUGGAAGUGCGCCCAGUGGAUUACAAGCGCCGGUACAUUUGGUUGGACAGAUAAGCUUCGAGUUUAGGAACGAGAACACUUGGCAUUCCUGUGUCAUUGUCAUUGUGUCAUUCUCUGUGUAUUCUUUUGUUGAAUGUUUGCGAAGGUGGCGAUUGAGUAUAUGUGAUAUAGCUGUAGUGUUCUCACUAAGUUAAUUGUAAUCUGCAUCUUAUUUCAGCUCAAAGAUUCCUAUUCUUAUUAAAUAAUACUUGUAAGGCUAUUAUAUUGCGUUGUCCUGUGCGUUGCGGAUGAGUUGUUAAUAAACGUCUGUUUUAUAUUAA